UGGGAAGACGGGUUGGAGCGUUUCCGUUGCAUUCUUGCUCGACCAUCAUCAUUCACCACAAGCAGUACUCCUACGUUACAAAAAGAAAGACGGCAUACGGCCAACGAAAGUGCGCAACAAUCAAGAGGGAUUGUCGUGCUGGACUGUGAAUCCGGUGGAUAGAUAGAUACCUUUGUUCCGUAAGCGGACCUUCGUGUCGUGCACUGCAACGGCGACGUCAACGGCAGCAAUGGACGACGAAGGGAUGCCACGGGAAGUGAUUCCGGUUGGAGUCACCAUUGCCUACAAACGAAAACAGGAUGGAUUCGGUUUAUGCACCCCGGGAAAACCGGAAGAAACCUUGAGAUCCAGCAGCACGACUCGUCCCGUCCAGCCGGAAUCCUCGCCGCCAACUUCCAAAAGUGUCACCAAAAGCCCGGCCAAGCAGUCUACCUCUCUGUCGGUUUUCGUAGAAGGUGCGACUCUGUAUACCGCCUGCUUAAUAUUGCCUACGGUCGCUGGAUUCUUACUGCGCUCGUAUGAAGAAGCUUGGUGGUGGACCAGCGGCCCCAAUACUCUCACGAAUAACCCUAUGCAUCACCACUCUCGCGAAACCGUCGUGGACCCCAAUUCUUGGUCUCUGUAUGCCUACGAUACUGCUGCGUACUACUUGUGUCCGCACGGCGCGUCCUUUUCCGCAGAAGAACCUAGUAUUCUGUCUACUUGGGUAGGGACCAAUUGGUAUUGGUGUCCCCAGUCCAACGUCUUGAAUCUGGAUGCCUUUGCGUCACCCUUGUCUCCGGAUGCUCAUUCCACCGAUUUUGCUUACAUUGCCAUGAUGAGCUUGAUACUCGCCAUUGUCCGCGUCGCUGUCGUUCACUACUUUGUCCCCUUGGAAGAUUCGGAACGUGUCGUUGCUUGGGUGCGUUGUAAGUCACUCCAUUUAUUGUCGGCGGAUUAUUCCGCCACACUUACACCCCGGGAAGAAGCAUCUCCCCGACCAAAACUUCGUCUGUAUGCCAACGAUUCGUCGGCGACGCAGACUGAUACCCAAGCAACUCUACAAAUUCCCUCCUUGUUUUCGUCCAGCACGGAUCAUCGAGAGUCGCAAGCCAAUCUUGGACUGAGUUACGAAGACUCCGAUAGGGAAGCGGAGGAUUUUGUCCCCCCACAAUCAUUCUUUGCUUCCAGUAAUGAUUUAGGGCCGACUCCGGACGAAUUUUUUGAGGAAUUGUCGUCCCGGAUCCAAACCACGACUUCGACUCCGCCAUCAGCACUGGAACGCCAUACCUCGAGUCGGUUGCACGCGGCACCGCGAUACGCUACGGCGGUAUUUCGACUCAUUUACACCACCAUUGUGAUUGCCUUGGCCUUGAUCUACUUUUCCGACGCCGACUUCUGGCCGUGGUACGUGGGCGGACACGGAUCUACCCGAAAUUGUUGGGAUCUCAGUGGUGGGCUGGCCAACGUUUUGGACUCGGAUUUUGAUCAGCGCAACACCGUGCUACGCCGGUAUUUUUUGUGGCAGGCAUCCUACCAUUGGCAUUCCGGAGCCUUUCACGUUUUGACCAUUCUUAUACUGUUAAUGCAUCCCAAGCAGCAGGAAGCGCCACGACGAUUCGUGAGCGUGCAAACGAGUACGACGGCCUACAUUCGUAGCUUGUUUCAACACAUGAUUGCCUUGGCGUUGAUUGCGUCGGCCUAUUUCUUUUCCUCCCUUCGACGGUUAGUCACUAUUGGCAUGUUUGCCUUUGACGUCUCGAGCUGGUGCUUGCAUUUGUUGCAAAUAUGCAUCAACGCACCGGAAACUUCCCGGUUGCGGCGUGUGCAGGUCGUCACAAUCCUGCAUCGUUACCUCGUGAUUCCGGUCUUUGUCGUUUGUCGAUUCGGUAUUUGGCCAGCCUUGUGGUAUUCCGCAACUUUCGAAAGCCAAUCUUGGUUGCGACAACUGGAGCAGACUUUGGUGCCGGGCGCGGCUCUGGUCAUGCGCGCCUUUAUGCAUAUUUGGUUCGUACUCACCAUGGGCGUAACCGUCGUGUAUGUUCGACGCCUUUUGUUACACCCACACGUGCGGAGGAUUGCGUCCCAUACCACGACAGCUAAAUGGGAAUGAGCAAUUGUUGCAUUGUCCUGUUUGGCAGGCUCGGGUGUACGUAUCAAAGCUAUGCUAUGCUACCCAUAGAUCUGAUACUGCAAUGCAAGUGUCCAAUCUCAAGGGUCGAAAAAUAGAACGUUGGUGUGCUACGAGUCUAUAUUGUUCGACACAAGACGAGUGAGACAAAGUAAACAUAAUCUCAAGUGUUAAAAUAU